AUCAACCAAUGUCUUUCAAGAUACUUCCUGUACAACGAUGACCGGUGACAUUUUCUCAUCUUUUUUUUCUCUCUCUCUCUCUCUCUCUCUCGCUCUCUCUGUGAUUGAAAUUGGAAAAGAAUACUUUUCAGCGCGGUAUUGUGCCCUGUUUACGCUCCGUUUUGAGCCUAGCCAACCAACACUUUAACAGAGCUUUUGAGGAUAAGACUUAAAUUAUCGCAGCCAGAAAUGAGUGAUUCUCAUACACCCCCACAUGGCCAGCAAACCAUGAAACCCCAGCAACAGCAACAUAUGCAGAGACGGCUCUGCGAUUACUGUAACGAUACCACUGCUCUCCUCUAUUGCAGAGCUGACUCAGCCAAGCUUUGUAUCUCAUGUGACCGUGAAGUUCACUCCACAAACCAGCUCUUCUGCAAGCAUACUCGCUCUCUUCUAUGUGACGCCUGCGACAAGUCCCCUGCUUCUAUCUUUUGUGAAACUGAGCACUACGUUUUCUGCCAAAACUGUGACUGGGAAAGGCACCGUCUUUCAUCGUCCGUGCACAAUCGGAGGCCUAUUGAGGGGUUUAGUGGGUGUCGUUCAUUGAGUGAGUUGAUCAGUAUUUUAGGCUUUGAAGAUCUUGGUGAUAAGAAACCUCUGUUUUUAAGUGAAGAAAAUAAUGGCUCAGUGGAGUCUAAGCUUGAUGACUCGGGUUUUGGAGAUGGGUAUUCGGAUUUAUUGAUAUGGGAGAGUCCUGCUGUUGUUAGCAUUGACGAUUUGAUAGCUUCUAGUGAUUCGGGUCUAAAUUUUCAGGCCUUAGGGGUUCCUCCUCUUCCCAAGAAUCGUAAUGCUGUUUGUGGGAAACAUAAGGAAGAAAUACUUCGUCAGCUUCGUGAACUAGCAAGGUUGGAACCUGACUCAAUUUGUGAAAACCCAGAAAGUAAGGCUAUUAGUUUGUUCCAGCCAUCAGCUGCUGGACUAAAUGUCCAUGAGCAAGAUAUAUGUACAGGUUUUGAGCCAGAUGCAAAGCCAAUUCCGUUCCCUGUUUAUGAGGAAAAUGUAUUUCACUGGAUUAGUGAUACUGGUGAGGCUGGAAAUCAAGUUUGUGAUCCUUCUCCAUUACUGAGAAGUAAGGAAAGUUCUGUUCUUCCUGACAAGCAGCCCAAUAUUGGUGGAAGUGUGAAUCGUGCCAAUGGAAGGGAAGAAGAGGAACCGCAAUUUCCUCUCUCUACUAGGAUGAUAUCAGUUUUUUCUAAAGUUGGAUCCCAUGAGUUAAACAGCCAGGAGAGGGACUCUGCAAUUUCACGGUACAAGGAAAAGAAGAAAACAAGGAGGUAUGAUAAGCACAUUAGGUAUGAGUCGCGGAAGGCUCGGGCAGAAAGCAGAGUAAGAAUUAAGGGACGGUUUGCAAAGAUGGACGGCUGAAACAAUGGUAAGCAAUCAUUUUUCCUACUACUUUUCUGUUUGUCUGAGUGAGUUGAGAAACUGAGAGAUUGCUGUAUGCAUUGGAUGGGCCCUGUAAUGCCACACAGCAAUAUAAACAUGAUAUUCCCGCCAACCAGUAUCGCUCAGGGCAUGUUUUGUAUUAUAAUUUCUUGGCUGAAGUGUAGUAAUUUGUCAUCUGUUGAAACAGCAGAUGCCGAUGGUGUGUGUAAAUUACGAUCAGAAACAGCACAAGGAGCACUGCUGGACAUUUUGGUAAGGAUGGAUGGCUGGGAUUCUGUAAUGCAGCCAUGAUCUUAGAAUGAUAGAUUGAUAGCUCACAGCUAUUAUGCAAAAUGUGUAUUUUUUUGGCAGUCUUAGUACCUUUAUGAAAUUUACAUUAUGAAAAUUAUAUAUAUGUAGAAGAGGGUUGAAGAAUUUCUGAAUUUGGCAUCAAAAUUUAAGGAGUUUCCAUUUACCACAAAAUUAAAAUGGAAAUCAGCGAAUUUAAUUAA